AUGAAGUUCCUCGUGGUUCUCGUCCUCGCUGUCCUCACCGGUUGCCAUGGCCGCCUCGUGCACCAGCCCAGGCCCCAGGUCGCCAUGGUGAAGGAUGCUUUCUGGGACUACGUCGCCAGGGCAACCCUCACCAGCGAGGACUCGCUGAAGCAGAUCCGAGAGUCGGAGCUGGGACACGAACUGAACGUCCUCAUCUCUGAGAGCACCGAGGCCAUCAAGACGUUCGCCGACACCAUGCGCACUCAGGUGGCUCCUCUGACCCAGGACCUCGUGGCUAAAAUUGCCCAGGAGGCCGAGCUGCUGAAGGCUCGUCUGGAGAAAGAGCUGGCCGCCGUGAGCACCAACCUGCAGCCCUACACCGAGGAUCUGGAGUCCGCCCUCCAGAGGCACGUGGAGGAGCUGAAGAGCGGCGUGGUCCCCUACGCCGAGUCCAUGGACCCCGAGUCCCUGAAGGCCGUGAUGCAGCAGAAGACCCAGGAGGUGAAGGAGCAGCUGGACACGAGCGUGAAGCAGAUGCAGGACAGGAUGGUUCCCAUCACCGAGGAGUUAAAGCAGAAGAUGGAGCAGAGUGUGAAGGAGUUUCAGAGAAGCAUGAUGCCCGUGGCCGAGAGCUUCCACACGCAGCUGACCCAGAAGACCCAGGAGAUCCAGGAGAACCUGGCUCCAUACGGAGAGGAGAUCAGGGUCAGGCUGGACAAGGACACAACCGAGCUGAAGAAGCAGCUCUCUGCUCUGUGGAGGUCCUUCACCAAGCUCACCCAGUAAAACAUCUCUCACCAGUUUGAAAUGAUCUCCUCCUACCUCGUCGUCACUGGUCUCUGCUGCGGCAGAGGUCACGUUUCAAAAUAAAGAAAAAGUGCAAUACCUCGUUUUCUAU